CAUUCACUUCAAAGCUAAGCUUUCCCAAAACACAGAUUUUUAGCCUACCUUUUGGUUGUCCAAAAAUGAAAACUCCACUCAUUCCAUGGCUUUUCUUGAUAUCUUUGCUGGGUAUAAUAUGUGGCUUCAACAUCUCAUUGGUGGCAGCUCAAUGCAUGAGCGAUCAGAAAACGUUGUUGUUGCAGUUGCGGAGUAGCCUAAAGUUCGACCCAACAUUUUCAACCAAGCUUGUGUACUGGAAUAGGAACACAGAGAACUGUUGUUACUGGCCUGGCGUCGAGUGCGAUGAUUCAGGUCAUGUUAUUAGUUUGAUUCUUGACAAUGAAUCCAUUACAGUAGAUGGUAUUCAGAAUUCAAGUACUCUAUUCGGUCUUCAAUACUUGGAGAGGCUAAAUUUGGCUUUCAACAACUUCAAUUCAACUCCAUUUCCAGUUCAGAUUUAUAAUCUUACCAAUUUGACAUAUCUCAAUUUGUCAAAUUCUGGUUUUGGAGGGCAGAUUCCUAAUGGGAUAUCAAGGCUGACAAGGUUAGUUACUCUUGACCUCUCAGACCUCUAUCCAAUAGGUCCACGACUUAGACUUGAGAAUCCAAAUCUAGAGCAAUUCUUUGAAAACUCUAUACAACUCAGAGAACUUUAUCUUGAUGGUGUUGAUCUUUCUGCUCAAAGGAGUGAAUGGUGUCAGGCCUUGUCUUCAUCUCUGCCUAAUUUAAGAGUUUUGAGCUUGCGAAACUGUCGAGUUUCAAGUCCAAUUAAUCCUUCCCUUUCGAAACUUCGUUUCCUUUCUGAAAUUUAUCUGGAUGUUAAUGAUUUUUCCAGUACAGUUCCAAAAUUCUUACCCCAGAUUCAUAUUCUGAAAAUGUCUUCUUGUGGAUUGCAAAAGUUUCCUGACCUAAGAAAUCAAUCAAUUUUGAUCCAUUUAGACCUGUCAAACAAUGAAAUUAGAGGGGAAAUACCAAAAUGGAUAUGGAAUGUGGGUAUUGGAAGUCUGGCUCAUCUCAAUCUCUCCUGCAAUUUCUUAGAUGGUCUAGAAAAGCCUUACACAAUUCCAAGUAGUAUUUCAGUACUGGACUUGCACUCAAAUCAACUGCAAGGCCAACUUCCCAUUGGAGAAGCCCCAGCCCUGGAUGCUAAUAAGUAUCUUGAUUACUCAAACAAUUUUUUCAAUGGUUCCAUCCCAUAUGAUCUUGGAAGUUAUGCUCCAUUUGCUUCUUUCUUGUCUCUUACAAAUAAUAGCUUCACUGGAGCAAUUCCUGAAUCCAUAUGCAAUGCGAGCGAUCUAUUGGUGCUUGAUUUAUCCAACAAUAGGCUGAAUGGCAUACUUCCAUCCUGUCUAUUCCACAUUCCACUUGGAGUUCUAAACCUUGGGAAAAACCAAAUCACCGGUAACAUACCUGAUUCGUUUCCAAGUAAUUGUGCUCUAAAAACAUUAGACCUCGGCAGGAAUGUCUUAGAAGGGAGGAUUCCUAGUUCUCUAAUCAAUUGCUCAUCCUUAGAAGUUCUAAAUCUAGGGAGUAACAAAAUUGUAGAUACCUUUCCAUGCCCAUUGAAGAAUUUCUUAAGCCUGCGUGUACUAGUCUUGAGAUCCAAUGGGUUCCAUGGUGAUCUUCACUGUGCUAAUGCCAACCAUAUGUGGCCAAAUCUUCAGAUUAUUGAUAUUGCUUCCAAUAAUUUCACUGGAGAACUCUCCCCAAAUUUCUUAAAUUGGAAAGGAAUGACUGUUGAUGAAGAUAAUACUGCGCAAUCUGGGGAUAACAUCAGGGCCUUUACAUCUAUUGAUUUCUCAAGCAAUGAUUUCCAUGGAAUUAUACCAAAUACCAUUGGAGCUCUCACAUCACUUUACGUUCUCAACCUAUCACACAAUGCUCUCACAGGGAAUAUCCCUGAAACAAUUGGAAAUCUGAGAAUGGUCGAGUCGUUAGACCUUUCAUCAAACCAGCUAGAUGGAGAGAUUCCGGUACAGCUCGCGAAACUCACCUUCCUUUCUGACUUGAAUUUAUCAUUCAACAGACUUUCUGGUAAAAUUCCAACAGGUAAUCAACUUAAUACAUUUGGACCAGAUUCCUACCUAGGGAAUCAAGAACUCUGCGGUUUUCCUCUCUCAAAAAGUUGCAAAUCUCCAACAAGUUUUAGUGGUGCCCGAUCUGAGAUCAAAUGGGAAUACGUAACUUCUGCUUUGGGAUUCAUUCUGGGUUUAGGCGUGUACCUUUGAAUGCUUUUGCAUAACAAGAAAUGCAAGAAAAUCUCUGAAACCAAGAAGCAGAGUUCGCAGGAACAGAAUCCUAUCAAUCUAAGCUGCUGCCUGCAGGUGCGAAUGCUUAGCUCAGUGAUUUGGUGAUAGCUCCAAGGUAGUGCAUGCAUGUUUGCAUCUUUUGUACUAUAGUAAGUCUACUAUAUCCUUCUUCUCGGUUUGCAAAUAUUUAACUGUAAUUACUUUUGAAGGAGUUGCAUGUUGUUGGGUCAUGGGUGAAGAACAAUUUGCUUUAAUUAAUAAACAUUUCAAAUCUCCCCUUUUAUGUGUUUGUAAGUUUUUAUGUUAGGAAGGUUUUCUUCUUCCUUUUUUUUUUUGGUGAUGAUAAAACCCCGCAACCAGAGGGUGUGUAUGAAUAAACAUCGUCUUAUAACCCUAGCAAGCAAAGGACCACAAGCUCCUACUGGGAAAAUAGUCAAACUUGUAAUCUUGUGGUUAACACUUACCAAUCAUGGUCUUAUUUGUAAUAGUUAUACUAUGCAUGUUUGUCAAGACUGCAGCUAUAUUUUAUGUAAAAUAUGUUGUAACAAAUACAAGGUUUUCAUUUUCGAUUCUGUUCCAAA